GCGCCGGCCAAUGGGCGGCCGCGUUGUUGGCGGCCACGGCGGCGCAGCCCCCGGAGCGAGCGCAGGCACCACCGCCAGUGCGGCAGGAGGCGUGAGGAGCGGACGCGCGGCUCCGAGCGGGAGCUAAAAACAUUCAGAUGGCAGAUAACAGUUUUUCAGAUGGUGCUCCUUCGGAUUCUGUGGAAGCUGCAAAAAAUGCAAGUAAUACAGAAAAGCUCACAGAUCAGGUGAUGCAGAACCCCCAGGUGUUGGCGGCGCUGCAGGAGCGACUGGACACGGUCUCCCACACGCCUUCAAGCUACAUUGAGACUUUACCUAAAGCAGUAAAAAGAAGAAUUAAUGCAUUGAAACAGCUUCAGGUCAAGUGUGCUCAUAUAGAAGCCAAGUUCUACGAAGAAGUUCACGACUUGGAAAGGAAGUACGCGGCUUUGUACCAGCCUCUCUUCGACAAGAGAAGGGAAUUCAUCACUGGGGACGUGGAGCCCACGGACGCCGAGUCAGAGUGGCACAGUGAGAACGAAGAGGAGGACAAGCUGGCUGGAGAUGUGAAAAACAAAGUCGUCAUAGCGGAGAAGGAAGCGGCGGAGGCAGAGGAGCCCAACCCCAGGGGCAUCCCCGAGUUCUGGUUCACCAUCUUCAGAAACGUGGACAUGCUCAGUGAGUUGGUCCAGGAGUAUGACGAGCCUAUCCUGAAGCACCUGCAGGACAUCAAGGUCAAGUUCUCUGACCCCGGGCAGCCCAUGUCUUUUGUAUUAGAGUUCCACUUUGAGCCCAAUGACUACUUCACCAACUCAGUCCUGACGAAGACGUACAAGAUGAAGUCGGAGCCGGAUAAGACUGACCCCUUUUCCUUUGAAGGCCCCGAAAUAGUCGACUGUGACGGGUGCAGCAUCGACUGGAAGAAGGGCAAGAACGUCACCGUGAAGACCAUCAAGAAGAAGCAGAAGCACAAGGGCCGGGGCACCGUCCGCACCAUCACCAAGCAGGUGCCCAACGACUCCUUCUUCAACUUCUUCAGCCCGCUCAAAGCCUCUGGGGACGGAGAGUCACUGGACGAAGACUCAGAGUUCACGCUGGCCUCGGACUUUGAGAUCGGCCACUUCUUCCGCGAGCGGAUCGUGCCCCGCGCCGUGCUCUACUUCACAGGGGAGGCCAUCGAGGACGACGACAACUUUGAAGAAGGUGAGGAAGGAGAAGAGGAGGAAUUGGAAGGUGAUGAGGAGGGAGAAGAGGAGGAGGACGCGGAGGUGAACCCCAAGAAGGAGCCCAGCCAGCCCUCGGAGUGCAAGCAGCAGUGAGCCGCCGCAGCGCGGGGGACGCCGGCCGGCGAGCCUCGUUGUCAAGUGCAUGGUUUUACUCUCGCCUUUCCUUUCUCUCGGUUAUUUUGCUUAACCUGUACAGUGACGGCUUCAGUGCAUUUCAGAAACAGGAGGUUGACGGCAGCCCCGCCCCGGCCAGGCUGCAACUCGGGCCUCCCCAGCCCCUGCCCGGGGCCCGUAGACCGUGUGGGAGUAGCCGCAGGCCUCACGGCCCGACCAGCUGGUGGACUCGAGCCGCCUCCACCGGGGAGGCGCCCAGCCUCGCGGGGGUCUCCUGGCCCUGUCCCAGGGCGAGGCUCCUCGUAUUUAUUUAUCGCUUUCUGCUUGUGCGGGCUCGGGCCGCAUCGGGCUUGUCUGGCUGUGAAGACGGGACUGGGGGAGCGUGGCCAGCCGGGUCCCUGCGCGCGUCCCGUCCCGCUGUGUCUGGGCGGGGCGAGGCUGCCCGGCUCACCCAUU